CCCGGGAGAGCAGAAGUCGCCGCAGCGGAGAAUGAGGCGGCCGCGUGUGAUGGAGAAGUAGCCUCGGGGGCCGUGGAAAAUGGGGCCGGAGCUGCUGCUGCGGCUGGCACUGCUGCUCCUCCUGCCUGGGAGCCUGGCCGAGAAGGGGUGUCCGUCCCCACCUUGCGAAUGCCACCAGGAGGAUGACUUUAGAGUCACCUGCAAGGAUAUCCACCUGAUCCCCAGCCUGCCGCCCAGGACCGAGACUCUGAAGCUCGUAGAGACGCAUCUGAAAGCCAUCCCCAGUCAUGCAUUUUCAAAUCUCCCCAAUAUUUCCAGGAUCUACUUGUCUAUCGAUGCAACUCUGCAGCGGCUGGAGUCACAUUCCUUCUACAAUUUGAGUAAGAUGACUCACAUAGAAAUUCGGAAUACCAGAAGCUUAACUUAUAUAGAUCCUGAUGCCCUGAAAGAGCUCCCCCUCCUAAAGUUCCUUGGCAUUUUCAACACUGGACUCAGAAUAUUCCCUGACCUGACCAAAGUUUAUUCCACUGACGUAUUCUUCAUACUUGAAAUUACAGACAAUCCUUACAUGACUUCAGUCCCUGUAAAUGCAUUUCAAGGACUGUGCAAUGAAACUUUGACACUGAAACUAUACAACAAUGGCUUUACUUCAAUCCAAGGACAUGCUUUCAAUGGGACAAAGCUGGAUGCUGUUUACCUAAACAAGAAUAGAUACCUGACAGUUAUCGACAAAGACGCAUUUGGAGGAGUACACAGCGGACCAACCCUACUGGAUGUGUCUUACACCAGCAUUACGGCGCUGCCAUCCAAAGGCCUGGAACAUCUGAAGGAGCUGAUAGCAAGAAACACCUGGACUCUUAAGAAACUGCCACUUUCCUUGAGUUUCCUUCACCUCAUCCGGGCGGAUCUUUCUUAUCCAAGCCAUUGCUGUGCUUUUAAGAAUCAGAAGAAAAUCAGAGGAAUCCUUGAGUCCUUGAUGUGUAAUGAGAGCAGUUUCCGGAGCCUACGUCAGAGAAAGUCUGUGAAUGCCUGGAAUGGCCCUACCUACCAAGAAUAUGAAGAUCUGAGUGACAGCAGAGUGGAAUACAAGCAAAACUCCAAUCUCCAGGACACACACAGUAGCUCGCAUUAUUAUGUCUUCUUCGAAGAACAAGAGGACGAGAUCAUAGGCUUUGGCGAGGAGCUCAAAAAUCCCCAAGAAGAGACUCUACAGGCCUUUGACAGUCAUUAUGACUACAUUGUGUGCGGGGACAAUGAAGACAUGGUGUGCACCCCCAAGUCUGAUGAGUUCAAUCCUUGUGAAGAUAUCAUGGGCUACAGGUUCCUGAGAAUUGUGGUGUGGUUUGUGAGCCUGCUGGCUCUCCUGGGAAAUGUCUUUGUCCUGUUUAUCCUCCUCACCAGCCACUACAAACUGACUGUCCCACGCUUUCUCAUGUGCAACUUGGCCUUUGCAGACUUGUGCAUGGGGAUAUACCUGCUCCUCAUCGCCUCUGUGGACCUCUAUACCCACUCAGAGUACUACAACCACGCCAUCGACUGGCAGACCGGCCCUGGCUGCAACACAGCCGGCUUCUUCACUGUCUUCGCCAGUGAGCUGUCAGUGUACACAUUGACAGUCAUCACCCUGGAGCGCUGGUAUGCCAUCACCUUCGCUAUGCGCCUGGACCGGAAGCUCUGUCUCAGGCAUGCAUACGCCAUCAUGAUUGGUGGCUGGAUUUGCUGCUUCCUUCUUGCCCUGCUCCCUUUGGUGGGAAUAAGUAGCUAUGCCAAGGUCAGCAUCUGCUUGCCCAUGGACACGGAGACCCCUCUUGCUCUUGCAUACAUUGUCCUUGUUUUGUUGCUCAACAUUGUCGCCUUCAUCAUUGUCUGCUCCUGUUAUGUGAAGAUCUACAUCACAGUCCGAAAUCCUCAGUACAACCCUGGGGACAAAGACACCAAGAUUGCCAAGAGGAUGGCAGUGUUGAUCUUCACUGACUUCAUGUGCAUGGCUCCCAUCUCAUUCUAUGCUCUGUCUGCAGUUAUAAACAAGCCUCUCAUCACUGUCACCAACUCUAAAAUUUUGCUGGUUCUCUUCUAUCCCCUUAACUCCUGUGCCAAUCCAUUCCUCUACGCCAUUUUCACCAAGGCCUUCCAAAGGGAUGUGUUCAUCCUGCUCAGCAAGUUUGGAGUCUGUAAACAUCGGGCUCAGGUUUACAAGGGCCAAAGAGUUUGUUCAAAGAACAGUACUGGUAUUCAGCUCCAAAGGGUCACCCAGGGCAUGAGGCAGAGUCUCCCCAACAUGGAAGAUGCCUAUGAACUGCUUGAAAACUCCCACCUAACUCCAAAUAAGCAGGGUCAAAUAACUGAAGAGUAUAAGCAAACAGUUUUGUAAACUUAACCCAUGCUUUUCACAAUGGUAGGGGAAUUUACACAAGGCUGGUUUUAUUGACUGUGCAUUGCAAUCCUGUGGUGCGUGCGCGCACGCACACACACACACACACACAGUUGACCUAAUUCUUGUACAGAUUAUGUUUCAUGGAACUAGAGUUCAUCUUCAGAUAGUAACCAGCAUUAAACUAAUCUGCCUCCAAGAAGGAGGAGACACUACCAGCACAUCUGAAUUCAGGUGAUGUCAAAAUAGUCUGCACUCUCCAGAGGACUUGCUUGAGUUUAGAGAUGGCCCUGUGUGACAUGUUCAGCAAAUAUCAACAGAAUCAUGAUAACAUUGAUCUUCUCACUUUUAUAUAGAAUUUCAUACUAAAGAUGGAGCAAAUCGCCAAUGCUGUUAAUUUAUUUGAUGACUACACUAUAAAAUCAGCCCUGCAUUGGCUCAGAUCAACUUCAUAUUCCCUGAAAUGACUAAAGAGAACUUAAGAUCCCUAAAACUGAAAAGCUUAACAAGAAUAAAUGUCAUGCAACAGCUGUGGUGAGUCCUGAAGAAGGGGAAAAUGUUAGUGUUAAAUUGUGUUUUGGGGCCACAGAAGUACUAACGGUCUCUUCACUAGGUUCUACCUAGUAUGACCCAGCUGGUACUGCCUGGCAGCAGAAGCUGGUAACCUUUCACCUCAUCUGGCCUAGCCACCUUUCUUGGCCAGACUCAUGGCCUAAGAGAUUUGAACUCUAGAAAGUAUUUCUAAAUAGAAAAGCAUUUCUAAGCACUGGCCAGAUAGCUCAGCAGUCUAAAGCGCCAGCCGUAGGACCGGGUUCGAUCCCCGGGGCACAC